AUGUAUGUGAAAUGGUUUGAUACAGGAAUGUUUUACUAUGUGAUUUUAGUGAAUGUCACUUUUUGUCAUUUUCAAAUUUCCCGCCGUUCCGCCCCCGUACGUCCCGACAUCCGCCGGAGGACAUUACAGGGGACACUGCAGGAGGGACAUCGCGGGAGGACAGGACAAGGUAAGAGAAGAACAGAUCCCGGAGCAGCGCCGCAUGGUAAGCUCGAGUGAAGCUCGGGGUUACCGCUUGUGCUACACUCGGGAAUACCGCCAGGGAGGCUAC